AUGCGGUUGUGUCCGGCAGAGGCCAGGGAUGUCGAGAGGCGAGUUGGUUGCGGGCGCAACGGCUCUUGGCGAUCCGGCACUUCACAGUGCAUCGAUUCUACGAGUCCUCCGUCCGACGCGGCCACCAGCAUUCCUCUCACCACCACCACCACCACCACCAACGACGCCUUUUCAUCCCGGCGAAGAUUAGAAUGGCCCACUAUUGACGGGCCGCUCGGCCUCUGCCACGAAGACUCUCUACCCUAUGCCAGGAGGUUCUUCAAGCUGGGAUUCUUAUGCCUUCCUUUCCUUUGGGCCCUCAAUUGCUAUUACUUCUGGCCCGUCCUUCGCGAUCCUCAUUCUCGUCACUCGCAUCCCGUCCUUCGCCGUUAUCUUGUUGGAUCAGCAGUUGGUUUCCUCAUAUUCACGACUAUCCUUUCUUCAUGGGCUCUUACCUUUGCCAUCGGAGGUGAAAGACUGUUUGGCCAUGCUUGGGAGGAACUUGUGAUGUUCAAUGUGGCUGACAAAUAUGGUUUGACAGGAUGGAUCUAG